AUGUCUGACUUUGAAAGAAAAAGAAAGCAUGGUGGAAGCCACAAUUCUCCUGCCAGAAAAAUCCAUCAGAGCCGCCCGGGGUCUCUGAACGGCCAUGACUACAAGCCUCAGCCUUCUAAGCCACCGGUCGACGAUAGAUUGCUUCCGUCACUACCUUCAAUUGAUGACCAGUACAAAAGCGUUGUCUUCAUCCAUCCGAGCUCGGCUGGCCCGAACAAUCCCAGCUACGAUCGACUGGAGUUCCUUGGAGAUGCAUAUCUCGAACUAAUUGCCUCCCAACUGAUCUUUGAACGAUCACCCGAUCUUUCAGCAGGACGCAUGUCACAAGUCCGGGAAUCCAUGGUCAAGAACGAAACGAUUGGUCAAUACUCCGUCCUCUAUGGCCUAGACCGACAACUCAAGGACUUCAACCGGCUCCGCAAUGAGUCGCCCAAUGCGUGGCUGAAAAUCAAAGGAGAUGUCUUCGAAGCCUAUGUUGCAGCAGUCGUGUUAUCUCAUCCAGAUGGGUUCGCCGUUGUCAAAAAGUGGCUCACCCAGCUAUGGCAACCGAGACUCGAGGCGGUCUCCACCAAGCCCGAACCGUCGAACAAAAGUAAGGAUGAUCUCGCCAGAAAGGUGUUAGGAAAGGGUGUGAAGCUUGACUAUCUCGACGAGCGGGAACCCGUCAUUCACUAUGGCCAAGGAACCGAGACUUACUCCGUCGGCGUGUAUUUGACCGGAUGGGGCUGGGAAAACCAAUAUCUGGGAAGUGGAAAGGGUUUGAGCAGAGUCGCAGCAGGACAAGCUGCGGCGGCGGCGGCGCUGGAGAACCACCCGCUAAUCGAUGAAAUCGUGGCCAAGAGGACCGCGUUCUUUGAAGCAAGGAAAGCUGAAAAGGGGCAGACAUAA